AUGAGUAAAAUUUGGGGAAAUCUGAUAUUAUCUGAAGUAUUUAGCAAACCGGUUGACUCAAACUUCACCCCGACAGCAGAUGAACUUGCACAAUGUGGAGCAAAUUAUGACCCAAGUAAAGAGGUUAACAAUACCAAUCUCGAUAGACCCGAUAUUGCAAAGGUGUAUACUGUAUGUGGAAUUUAUUUGGCUAGUGGCACGAUCGGAUUUCUUAUUAUUGUUUUCCUUCUUCAAAACAUACCUGUUCAUAACGAAAAUGAAAAAGAAAAAGGCAAAUUUUCUUUUUAUUUGCUGAUUGAAACUUUUAAACAUUUGUGGAAAUCCCCAACUCAAAAAAUGAUAGUUAUAUUGACGAUAUACAGUGGCGUACAGCAAGCAUUCAUUGCUGGAGACUUUACUAAGUCUUAUGUAGGCUGUACCAUUGGUAUUUGGAACGUAGGAUAUGUCAUGAUAUGUUAUGGUGUGGUGGAUGCCAUUUGCUCGUUCAGUUUUGGUAGACUAGUAGAGUAUAUUGGACAUAUACCAUUUUUUGCCUUUGCUUUCUUUGUUCAUGGUGGGACACAGAUAGCUUUACUCUUGUGGCAGCCGCAGCAAAACCCAAAAUACAUAUUUUAUAUAGUAGCUGGUUUAUGGGGAAUAGGUGAUGCUGUAAUACAGACACAAAUUAAUGCACUGUAUGGCUACUUAUUCACAAACAACAUUGAGGCAGCCUUUGCUAAUUAUCGUUUGUGGGAGUCCGUCGGUUUUAUCAUUACCUUCGCCUGUAGUAAUUUCCUAAUAACAUAUGUUAAGCUAUACAUAUUUCUUGGUUUUUUGAGUGUCGGGAUGAUGUUGUAUGUGGUAGUGGAAGUUUACGAUAGAAGAAACAAGAAGACUGGUUUUGACCUAAAUUGAACCUAGAUUCCAGGGAACUUGUAUAUAUCCUGUAUCUGAUUUUAGUACAUAACCGUUAGCAUAAUAUGAUAAAAUAUUGUAAAGCAUGACAUAUCAAGGUAGUCCAGGUGUAAAAUCAUGUCGACCAUCUUGUAUUCCUAAUGAUCGGAAAUAGAUUUCUACUGAAAUUACUCAACUUCAGUAAUGUAGAAAAGGAAUUCAAUAACUUAAAUUCUAAUUCAUGUGAUGUAUAUUUUGGUAAUAUUUUUCCUAUUAAGAGAAAAUUAUGAUCGGUUGUAAUGAAUUGAAGUACAUACGUUUCAUUAUUUAGAAAACCUCUACCGUUUCUUUUCUCCUUUUUCCCACAAAUCAUGUCUCUCUCAUAAUGAUAUUAAAAAAAUCAGGAAACAUUCCAUAACCUAUAUAUAGCUAAUGCUUGGUCACUUAUACUUUUCUAUAGUAAAUUUUGUAAUAAUAGUGCAAUGAUUUGCUUAAAAGAAUUCAUACGGUUCAGACUGUUUUAGAGUUUUUACACUAAAUCUGUUGGAUGUAUACUGGUUGAUAUUUAGUAUAUGAAAACAUGAUUUAUUCUUUGGCUGUAAUUGGCUUUUGACAAACUUUCAGUAAUAUGUGAUUACUCUUAUAUCAUUGAUUUGUGUCUAUUGUUUUUUGCUUUGUAUCGAUUUAUUGACUUAAGCCAUUUGCAACUGAUUUUUUAUUUUCUUCUUAUGUUGUGCUGUAACAUCACUGUCCCAUGUUAGAGGACGGUUGAGCGCCCAAAAAAACAUGUUAAACCCCUCUACAUUCUUUGUGUUCAUGUCCUAAGUCAGGAGCCUGUAAUUUAGUGGUUGUCGUUGGUUCGUUUUUGUCAUACGUGUUUUUCGUAAAUUGCUUUAUAAAUCAAGCCGUUAGUUUUCUCGUUUAAAUGGUUUCAUAUUUUUAAUGUCUGUGUCUUUUACAGCUGACUACUAGUAUACGUUAUGAUUUUUUCUCAUUAUUGAAGGUCGCAUUGUGACUUUUGAACGCUUUUAUCUCAGUCAUGUUUUUACUCGAUAUAUAUAUCAUGUAUAAUUGUAGCAUAUAGCAUUACAAUAACACCGCUAUAGACUUACAUAAUAGUCCUAAUAACUCCUUAAACUCACCACUCAUAUUCUGUAUUUUGUCUUCACAAAGUUGACAUACCUUAACCAUUAUUAUCAUGCUGUAUUGUUAAUAUUUGUAUGAUUGUUUCUUACUAAUUCUGACUUUGAAUUCAUUGUUGACGUUUGAUGCAGAUUGUACUGAUGUCCAUUAUUUUUAAUAAACCAAUAAGAAUAAUGAUAAA